UAUUAUUGGAGGGAGCGGGAAAUUUUUUGGGCCCUUUACCGGAGAAAGCUUGUCGGCGAAAUAAGACCCAUCGGAGCACUGGAGACUCGAAGCUGAUGGUGAUUAUUGAUGAAGUUUACUUUUUGUCUAUUGUGAGAAAUGGACAUUGAUACUUUUCAGAAAUCGAGGGCCAAAACUCCUAUUUCGAUUUACUGCUGAGUCGGUACGGAUUACUUGGUUUCUUCUUCCUCGCGAAAACCCUAAACCCUUCUUCUUCACUUUGCUCUUUCCCAUGGCGUCGUCCUCUUGUCUGCCAGUGGUUUCCGAGAAUUUCAGUGAAGUUCAUGAUGCAAGAAGGUACCUAUUACCCUUUACAAGUUCUAGGUCGGAUCUUGAUGCUACGACCUCUGAAGAUCAAGCUGCUUCACUACACAAGAGAAGAAGAAUUGCCUCUAGUGCUGACAUUUCAUCUCAUGAUCAUUUGAAGGAGCUUAAAAAUUCCUUUCCAACAUUGCAGUCUCCUGAUUACUAUAUGUCUCCAAGCUUAGAGGAACUGUCUAUCCAUGUCCUGGAAGAUCCGGAUUAUGUUAGUCAGGUGUUAGAUUUUACGAUAGGACGUUGUGGUUAUGGAUCUGUCAAGUUUCUUGGGAAGACUGAUAUCAGAUGGUUAGAUUUAGACCAAAUUGUCAAGUUUCAUAGGAAUGAAAUAAUUGUGUAUGAAGAUGAAACUACAAAGCCUGUAAUUGAUCAAGGCCUGAACAAGCCUGCUGAAGUUACUUUAGUUCUCCGGUCAAUAACAGCCAGCUUUUUGGAGAGGCAAUAUGAUAAUGUUGUGAAGAAAUUGAAGUACAUUUCCGAGAGACAGGGAGCUCGCUUCAUUUCAUUUGAUCCAGAAAAUUGCAAAUGGAAGUUCUCAGUUGACCAUUUCAGCCGGUUUGGCUUGACGGAAGACGAAGAAGAAGAUAUUGUAAUGGAUGAUGCUAAUGCAGGACAAGAUUCUGCAGAAAUGAACUGCAACGAGAUUUCUGAUAAUAAUGAAAAUAAUUCAAUGGAUUUCACUGAAUCUGUGCUUUGCCAUUCUCUGCCUGCUCAUCUUGGGCUUGAUCCAUUAAAGAUGAAAGAAAUGAGAAUGGUCAUAUUUCCUGAAGAUGAGCAGGAAUUUGAGGAUUAUAGUGAAUCCCCUAAAUUUCAAAAGUCAUUCACAGGUAGAGAACUUAUGAGAUCUCCUCUUAAGGAUUCUUCUCAGAGAACGAGCCAAAAAUUGAAUUCUCCAGUUGUCAGAAAGACUCCAUUAGCAUUGCUUGAAUAUAAACAGGGUAGCCUUGACUCAAGUCCUCCGGGUUCUAUUUUGCUGUCCCAACCAAAAAAGGUAACUCCUGUUAAGCCCUGGAAGGCAGAAGGUUUUAAGCUGGAUCUCACGCAAGAAACUCCAAUUACUAUAAAUCAUUCUCGCAACAUAGUCGAUGCAGGUUUGUUUAUGGGUAGGUCAUUUCGCGUGGGAUGGGGUCCUAAUGGCAUCCUAGUUCAUACUGGAAAUUUGGUGGGGAGUACAAAUUCACAGAAUGUCCUAUCAUCCGUAGUAAAUGUAGAGAAAGUUGCCAUUGAUAAUGUGGUCAGAGAUGAAAAUAGUAAAGUGUGUAAAGAACUAGUUGAAUUUGCUUUUGAUCUUCCUUUAAAUUUACACAAGGAAAUGAAUCAUGAAUUUGAAGAAGAAGUGGGAUCCUCCAAUUUGAAACUUCAAAAGGUUGUCUUCAAUCGUCUAAUGCUUUCAGAUAUCUGUAGGGGCUAUAUAGAUAUUGUUGAAAGGCAACUUGAAGUUCCUGGAUUACCUUCUUCUACUCGUGUAGUCUUGACACAUCAGAUAAUGGUCUGGGAGUUAAUAAAAGUUCUUUUUUCUGAAAGGGAAAAUACUGGGAAUUUGAGAAAUUUGACCGAUGAUAAUGAGGAAGACAUGAUGCAGGAUAUGAAAGAAGCUUCUCUGGAAGUUGACCUGGAAGCACUCCCUCUUAUUCGGAGGGCUGAAUUUAGCUGUUGGCUGCAAGAGAGUGUUUUCCCUCAGGUGCAAUAUGAAUUGGGUUCAUUAAAUGAUUCCAGUUAUCUUGAACAUAUAUUUCUUCUUAUGACUGGGCGGCAGCUGGAUGCAGCAGUCCAACUUGCUUCAUCUAGAGGUGAUGUGAGACUUGCUUGUUUGCUGAGUCAGGCUGGUGGAUCCACUGUGAAUCGCACAGAUGUAGCUCUACAACUUGCUAUUUGGAAAAAGCAUGGAAUGGAUUUCAGCUUCAUUGAGGAGGAACGGACAAGGUUAUAUGAGUUGCUGGCAGGGAAUAUAUAUGGUGCUUUGCACCAUAUUAAACUUGACUGGAAGAGAUUCCUAGGGCUGUUGAUGUGGUAUCAUCUACCACCAGAUGCCACUUUGCCUGUAAUCUUUCACUCUUAUAAACAUCUUCUUAAGAAUCGAAGGGCCCCACUCCCUGUUCCAGUUUAUGCUGAUGAGCCGCAAGAACUUGCUCUGGAGUCUAAUUCGAAGGAAUGUCUUGACCUCUCAUACUUUCUCAUGCUUCUUCAUGCUAAUGAAGAUCCUGAAUUUGGUUGUCUUAAGACUAUGUUAAGUGCCUUCUCAUCAACAGAUGACCCACUCGAUUAUCACAUGAUUUGGCAUCAACGUGCAGUGUUGGAAGCUAUUGGUGCAAUCAGUUCUAAUGAUUUGCAUAGUCUGGAUAUGGCAUUCGUCUCUCAAUUGUUGUGUUUGGGACAAUGUCAUUGGGCCAUCUAUGUGGUCCUUCACAUGCCUUUCCGUGAUGAUUUUCCACACCUCCAGGCUAAAGUUAUCAGGGAAAUCCUAUUCCAGUACUGUGAAAUAUGGAGUUCACAAGAAUCACAAUUAGAAUUUAUUGAGAACUUGGGUGUUCCAAGAAUAUGGCUACACGAGGCUAUGGCAGUUUUUUUCAGUUACCAUGGAAAUCUUCCAGAGGCCCUUGAACAUUUCAUUGAAUGUAGAAAUUGGCAUAGAGCUCAUACUAUUUUUAUGACUUCAGUUGCUCACAGAUUAUUCCUGUCGGCUGAGCACUCGGAUAUAUGGAAGCUUGCUACUUCAAUGGAGACCCACAAGUCUGAAAUAGUAAAUUGGGAACUCGGAGCUGGACUUUAUAUAUCGUUCUAUUCACUACGAAGUUCUUUGCAGGAAACCGAUGAAGCGAGCGAAUUGGACUCGCUUGAAAGCCGAAAUGCUGCUUGUGGGAAAUUUCUUGGUCGAUUAAAUGAAUCAUUGGCAAUUUGGGGUGACAAAUUACCAGUUGAGGCAAGAGUUGUGUACUCAAAGAUGGCCGAGGAGAUCAGUAAAUUACUUUUAUCAGAUAUUGGGGAGGGUUCUACGCGUGAUGCUCAGUUAAGCUGCUUUGACACUAUUUUUACUGCCCCAUUGCGAGAAGACCUGCGCUCAAGUCACUUGCAGGAUGCAGUUUCUCUUUUUACUUGUUACCUGUCUGAAAUCACAUCAUAGUCUUCUUCACCUCCCCAAACACGACUACGCAGCUUCGAUAUUUAACCCGAGAAUCGUGUUCUUGCAUAUAUUUUGACGCCUGCCUCUAUUCUUUGUACACAUUUGAACAAGUAGAGGCAGCAGCAGUGAAGUUUUGCAGACCCCCCCCUAUUCCCGACGCACCGCCCAGCGAAAAGGUUUGUUUUUGAUUCCUGAUGUUGCAAUAUCAGCAAUCAAUCCGAACACAAAGUUCAAAGGAACGAAAUAAUCGGUUCUUGAAUCGGUAUUUGUUAGAACUAUACCUUCCCUUAAAGUAGUCGUUAUGAUGGUAGCUAUAUGUAUUUCUCAUAGAAUUUUUUGCUGAUUUAUCUUCACUUGAACUCGUGAGCAUAGUAGCUUUCGCUUCUGAGUAUCAGUUCUUGUCAUUAUCAUGAUUUAAACCAUAUGAAUGCGUAGAUUCCAAUAUUUUCUGA